CUAAAAGCGAAACUCUAUGUGGACAGGCAAGCCUUGGGAGGCCCUUAUGAGCGCCUUUGUGAAUGAUGAUACAGUCACAAAAUUGUUUGAGCAUCUUGAUUUCAACUACAUGGACAAGGAACUCCAGAGGAAAGCCAUGUAUAAUCUCAGUGCAUUGAAACAAGGCAGUAGAACUAUCAAUGAGCUGCUAGUGACCUUUGACCAUUACUUGAUGGAAGCUGGCCAACAGAACCAACUGGACAACAUGAAGAUUUUCUGGUUGGAGAAUACCCUCAACAAUGAUAUCUUCAACCGCCUUGUUAACACACCAACCUGCAAUACUUUUAGUGAGUACUGUGUCCAACUCCAAAGUGUUUAUGACAGGCACCAGAAGUACCAGCAAUGUACUGCAGAACACUGAUGCCUCCCAAAUCAACAAGCAUCCACACCUACAUUCCCUCUCCCAACAGCCUCCCCUACAGCUGUCCCUGCUCAAGGUGACCCUAUGGACUGGGAGCCUACUGUCUCUCAUGCCUGCAACCCCCAAUGCAAGCGGGCCCGCUGGGUCAGUAGAGAGGAAAUUGAACACUGGAAACAAGAUGGAUGCUGCUUCCAUUGUGGCUCUGCUGGCCACUGAAUUGGCCAGUGUCCCUUUCUUCCUGCACAACACCCUACAACCAAGAUUGCUGAAGUUACUGCAGAAAAUGUUACCAAUGCUGUUCUGGAAGAUACUGAAACAGUUCCAGCACCUCAGGGAAAAGUCUAGCUCCUGUGCAAAGUCGUCUGCAGGAGUCAGAGAUAGAUCAGUUACAAGGGUAUUGGCAUACCUUCAACCAGAACAUUUCCUUUAAUGGUCCCCCAUUGCUAGUGAGUUCUUUAAUAAAUGGAGAAAACAAUUGUAAAGCACUGGCCAACUCUGGUUGUACAACAUAUGGUAUUAUAUCUGAAUGCUAUGCCUCUCAUCACCAACUACAGCG